AUGGCUCUCCGAAUGUGUGUGAGAUUGUCCAAAGUUGCUCCACGACUUUGGUGGGAAAGUAGCGUCCUUCGUUGUGCCGUUGUGCCUCAUGGGACAACCUAUCCAGCAGGAUUUAUAAGCACUAGACGUCUUUGCACAAUUCCAGAGUUGUGGUGCUGUAGCCGCCAAUUCAGUUCUGUGCCACCAAACACCGAUGUGACUUACGAGCAGUUAAGGAAGCUCUUGGCCGAUGGCAAGUCUGUCGUUAUAGACGUCAGAGAACCAUGGGAGCUCCGAGAAUACGGCUCCAUCCCUGGCUCAAUGAAUCUCCCCUUGGGUCAGGUGACCAAAGCUCUGCAGCUAAAUCCGGAAGAGUUUACUGAAAAGUAUGGUGGUAAGAUGCCUCAAAAAGUAGACAAUAUUGUGUUCACCUGCCUGAGAGGUGUCAGGAGCAAGAACGCGAUCAGCAUGGCCUCCGAGCUGGGAUACAAGAACGUUCAGCAUUACCCGGGUGGAUGGCAAGACUGGGCAAAAAAUGAGCAUCAAAACUGA